GUAAAAAGAAUUGGCAUUUCUACAGAGACUUUACUUUAAAAUGGUUGAAGAAGAAAAUCAACUGAAAUUAGAAAACCAAAUGGCUACACCUUCAUCUGAUAAAGAUAUUACAAAGCUUAUCGAACAAUGUGGCACAUUUGGACCCUACCAGCGCUGGUUGUACACCUAUAUUAUUAUCAUAGGCACUGUGACUAUAAUGACAGCAAUGAAUUUAACUUUUAUCAGUGCAAAUGUUCCCUUCUUAUGCUACCCACCAAACUUUAAUGCUUCGUUAAUUCCUGCGAAUCUUACAGAGAAUGAAUAUUUACAAAUGCUUCAACCGGACGGCGACAGUCAAUGUUCUGUAUAUAACAAUAGCUUCACUGGGACAUAUUAUACAACACCACCAAGUAAUUCAUCUAAACUACAGUGUUCUUACGGACGGAAAUUUCUGACAGAAGAUUUUUCUACAAUUGUAAGUGAGUUUAAUUUGGUGUGUGAACGAAAAUGGUUAAGAUCCACCUUGCAGUCCGUUUAUUUCGCUGGUUGUCUUCUUGGAGCAAUUAUAUUUGGUAUUUUUUCUGACAGAUUUGGACGAAGACCCGUAUUUUUAUUGGCAAACACCUGUAUAGUCAUCUGUGGAACUGGGAAAAUCUUCGUACCAUCGUUGAUAAUACUUAUGAUGCUGCACUGUAUUCAAGCCUGUGGUUACACGGGAAAUGCACUUGCCUUAUAUUCACUGACUUUGGAAUUUACUUCCUCAAAACUACGUACCCGUAUUAGUUUUGGGUAUAUGUGUCUCUAUCCAGUGGCAGCAAUAUUUGUAACAGUGCUGGUGUAUUGUAUCCCUGACUGGCAUUUCUUAGAAUUGACGGUGUGUCUUCUGCCUGCAAUCAGUUUUUUCAUUUGGAUAUUUCUCCCCGAAUCUCCAAGAUGGCUUAUUGGAAGAAAACGUUCUACAGAAGCAAAAGCACUUUUUCGAAAAAUAAUGAAGAAAAAUAAAAAACAAAGUCAGGAUUUAUUAGAACUUUUUCCAAAUAAGGAGGAGGAAUCUUCAUUGAAGAACAAUUUUCAUGAAAAUAUACCCGAGAAGAAAGUCUUAGCUCAAAACAAUUAUACUUUUAUUGAUCUAUUUAAAAGACCAAGGCUUGCAUUUACUACUGUGAAUAUUUGUUUUAGCUGGGGUUGUUCGAUGCUUAUUGCAAUCCGAAAUAAUUAUGUGCAAGAAAUAGCUGUUAUUACCACUGAUAGUCUACAGAGUAUGGAUAACGGCAAGUCAUACGAUGAGUGGAAUAGUUGCAAAUCUCAUUAG